AUUUUUAACAAAACCACCCCCUCAACUUCUUUUCUCUUCAACUCCAGUCCCUGAUACGACCGCAAAAACGCACUCAUUCCCUUUUCUCAUUCACUUCCAUCUUCUUGUCUCCUUCUCUCUCAUCACUUUCUCUCUCUACAACUCUCACCGCCGGCCACUUCCACCCACCUCCUCGAUAGUUCCGUGAUUAGUUUUCGAGUGAGAAUUUACGAGGGUCAAAAUGAUGAAGAAACUCUUCUUUUUCAAGGGAUCCACAUCUAGCAACGGAUCAUCUCCAUUAAAAGAGAACUCAUCAGGGGAAGGACUUCAAGGGGCGCGUAAAUCCAGAUCCAAAAAGGCCGCAUAUGAAGAUCAUGAUCAAAAUCCAUCCAGCCCGUUUCUUAGAAGGUGCCGAUCGUAUUCUUCUGGUGCUUUUCCUGAUUCAGCACUGUUAAGAGCUCAAACCGACUCUCCUUCUAGCAGCAGUAGUAAUAUCUCACAAAAGCAAUCUGCUUCUCGUUCUUCACGUCGAGCUCUUACCCCUGAGAGGCCUUCAAGGUCAAAAUGGUUUCAAGAUGCUGCAGUAGAUGCUGUGGAGAGAUUAGAGGAACUAACUCUUACCGGAGUUGAUAAUCAUUCAUCGGAAACCUCAUCUUAUUGCUCAAACAAAGUUUUAGAUCGAUACAUUGAUGGUGAACAACACCAAGAACGAACUUCACGACAGAUCAUUACCAACGCAAGAGGUCAUGUUUGUCAACCAAAUGGUGGCGGAAAAAAACCGCCACGGUUCCAAUACGCAGCACCAGCAUCGCCUACCAAUGCUGGUUUGACUCAAAAACCUAGGUCGCAUUCGUUUAGAGACCCGAAUCGAGAAUCUAAACUCUCUACGUCUACAAGAGACUGGGUUGAGAACGUAGUUGCGCACGGAUCCCCAAGAAAACGAGCAAAACAGGUUGUUGAAAGACUUUCUCAGACUCGUGCUUUCCCAAGGGUUGACUCGAAAGAGUUUGACCAUGAUAUUCCUAUCACACUUGAAGAUAUAUACUCUGGGUCCCAAAACUGUGUACCUCAAGACAGAACCGACAGAACCGUUAAAGAAAGCUCAAGUUUUGAUGAAAUAAACUGCGGGCUUGAUGAGGUUUCCACUAGGGUUUUGGACUAUGAAGAAUCGGAAGAUGCUGAUGACGUUACGUUACUGAAAGCGGAACUGAAUUUCCGUACACGAAAGCUGGAAAAAGAGAAAAACGAGUUGCAGUUGACUUUGGAGAAAGAGUUAGACAGGAGGUCAACGGAGUGGUCAAUGAAGCUCGAGAAAUAUAAAAUGGAAGAACAUAGGCUCCGGGAACGAGUACGUGAACUUGCGGAACAAAACGUGUCUCUUCAAAGGGAAGUCUCAAUGCUUGGAGAAAAAGAAUUGGAUAAUCAAAGCAAAGUCACGCAUUCGGGUCAACAAGUCAAAGAUUUGACCGUAAAGAUGGAGGAAGCGACCAAAGAGAAACAAAAACUUCAUCAAAAUUAUUCAGAACUAAAAGAAAAAUGCAGAGCAGCUGAAGAAGAUCGAGAUCUUUUCAAAAGAAACUUUGAAGAAAAGGAUAAAGAGUGCAAAGAAUUGCAUAAAGCCGUCACGAGACUUGUUAGAACUUCCGGUGAGCAGGAUAAAACCAUUGAAGGGUUGCGUGAAGGUCUUGAGAAAGAAGUAAAACACUUUGACCAAAACCAACAGUCAAAGUUGCAAAUUGAGCAAUUGAGGUUAACCGGGGUCGAACAAAGUUUAAGAAAAGAAGCGGAAUCGUAUAGGAUUGAAGCUGAAUCCCUUAGACACGAGAAUAUAAACCUUUUACACCGUUUAAAAGGAAGUUCGGAAGAUGGUUGCUUUUCAACAUUUAAGCUUGAUCAAGAAUUGUGGAGUCGUGUUCGGUGCUUGCAAAACGAAGGCAUGUGCUUGAUUAAUGAUAGUGUCCAGUUAUGCUUAAAAUUAAUUGAAAAUGUUAAAGAACGAGGAUUACAUAACGGCUUAGAUAGCCAAUUUAUCAUGGAGUCGGAUAUGAAAGUCCAAGGGUUUAGAAGGGGAGCCGAAUGUCUAACAAGAAGUUUGCAAAAUGUAUCUGAUGCGCUGCAAGAGAAGUCAACUCCGGAUAAGGAAUGUUCUGAGGUUAUGAUAUCUGAUUUGAAAGCAGAAGCCUUGAUGACAAGUUUAUUGCGGGAGAAACUGUAUUCAAAAGAAGUGGAUGUAGAACGACUCGAGGCUGAGCUGGCAACCGCUGUUAGAGGAAACAAUGUUUUGAGAUGUGAAGUGCAAAACGCUAUGGAUAGUCUUUCUUGUAUUACACACAAGAUGAAAGACCUUGAACUCCAGGUGAUCAAGAAAGAUGAAAACAUUUAUCAUCUGCAAGUGAAUCUGCAAGAUUGCAAAAAAGAAUUAGCAGUUGUUAACGGGAUCCUACCGAAAGUAUCGGAAGAACGAGACAUGUUGUGGGACAAUGUUAAGCAAUAUAGUGAGAAUAACAUGCUGUUGAAUUCUGAAAUUGGCAUGUUGAAGAAGAAGAUAGAAGCUCUAGAUGAAGAUGUGUUGAUGAAAGAAGGCCAGAUCACCAUCUUGAAAGAUGCACUCGGUAAACCAUUUGAUCUUCUCUCUAGCCCGACUCCUAGUGAAGGAUUUUUGUUGCGAUAACUGAUCGGUUUGUUCAUACUAUGAUUUGUGUGACUUCUUUUUUUCUUCUUUGGGAUAAAGAGUUUUGGAUGAUUUUUAUUUUCUUUUGUACGUAAGUGAUAGUGUGGUACAGGGUGAUACUUUGUGAACAACUCUUUAUAUAUACUUUGAAGCUUAAUGUUGGAUUGAAACUUGAUUCAUA